AUGCGGGCCCACAACCGUCGAAGCGAUAAGGAGAGUGACAGCCGCUCAGCCCGCCGGCACACCCGACCAACUCUCGCUCACUCGCCGGAGGGAAACAGAGCAAAGAUGACCACGGCGGCGGCGGCGACGACGAUGCGUCUGUCUUCCCCGUUCAAGGCCCCGCCUCUCCGUCCUCCCUGCCACCGCGUCGUCCCGUCGAGGCGGGGCCCCGGGCGGGCCGGGCUGGCCGUCUCGGCGGCCGCCGGCGGGUCGCCCCCCACCGUGCUCGUCACCGGCGCCGGAGGACGAACAGGCCAAAUUGUGUACAAGAAGCUGAAGGAGAAGGCAGACCAGUUUGUGGCCAGAGGGCUGGUCAGGACGCCGGACAGCAAAUCUAAGAUCGAUGGGGGCGACGACGUGUUCAUCGGAGACAUUAGGGAUCCUGGGAGCAUUGCGCCGGCGAUCGACGGCAUUGACGCGCUCAUCAUCCUCACCAGUGGGGUCCCGAAGAUGAAGCCAGGGUUUGAUCCUAGCAAAGGGGGUCGGCCCGAGUUUUACUUCGAGGAAGGGUCUGAUCCUGAGCAGGUGGAUUGGAUAGGCCAAAAGAACCAAAUCGACGCUGCCAAGAGCAUUGGUGUAAAGCAGAUAGUUUUGGUUGGAUCCAUGGGUGGAACAGAUCUCAACCAUCCAUUAAACAAGCUUGGGAAUGGGAAUAUACUGGUGUGGAAACGGAAGGCAGAACAGUACCUAGCGGACUCUGGUGUACCAUAUACAAUUAUAAGGGCUGGAGGACUACAAGACAAAGAUGGUGGUGUGCGUGAGUUGAUUGUUGGAAAGGAUGACGAGAUCUUGAAGACGGAAACAAAAACUAUUGCCAGGGCAGAUGUUGCAGAAGUUUGCAUACAGGCCUUGCUAUUUGAGGAAGCAAAGUUCAAGGCAUUUGAUCUGGCUUCAAAACCUGAAGGUGAAGGAACACCGACGACAGAUUUUAAGUCUGUUUUUGCACAAAUUGCUACUCGCUUCUAAGAAGACAAGAUCAUUCUGGCCAAUGAAAUGGGGACAGUUUUUUAAUUAGGCGAUAUGGAAUUUGUACCGGGUCAGGAGGCUCCUCAUCUGAUCAAGUAGCAAAAGUAGGGAAGCAUGCACCUUGUUAUUGAGCAGAAGAAGCAGCAGAUCGUUGUGCUUUGAGAGAAGAGUUCUGAGGAUUUGGGCUAUGAAAGAAGAGUAGUGAGACUGGUGUUGAUGUAAACUAUUUUUUUUUUCUUGUUGCUUUGUUCCCAACGUCGGACAUGGUAAUUGUGACAGAGAAUGAGUCCAGAUUACCGCAGUUAUCCAGGCGAUUAGUUCUAGGCUAGACGUAUAAAAAAUUGUUUAUUAGGAACGCUUGCCUGGGUUUCAACAUUAAUACGGUUCCUAAUUGAAUUGAUAAAAAAAUCUGAGGUAAUAAAAAAAAGGAGAUGCACUAUUCAAAGAA